UACAUCUUCUUCCCCACUGAUACCAGUCUCUCACUCUCUCUAAAACGCUACCGUUUCCAAUCACAAAGCUUCAGAGUUCAUCAAUGGCCGAAGAAGCUCCCAGCAAACGCCCACUGAAAAUCAUAGCCGGCGCGGACUCCUUCGGUUGCUCUCUUAAGGACGCCUUGGUGUCCCACCUCCGCUCCCUCAACAUCGACGUCGAAGACCUGGGUACCUCCUCCUACUACUCCAUCGCCGCUGACGUCGGCAGCCGCGUCUCCUCCUCCACCUCCGAUUCCGAGGAGAUCCGCGGCCUCGUCGCCUGUGGUACCGGCGUCGGAGUCUCAAUCUUCGCCAACAAGUUCCCCGGCGUAUUCGCCGCCACGUGCCUCACUCCCUCCGACGCCCAGAACGCCCGAUCCAUCAACAACUCCAACGUCCUCGCCGUCUCCGGCAUGUCCACGUCACCCGACUCCGCCAUCGAGAUCCUCGACACCUGGCUCAACACCCCCUUCAAAUCCCCCUGCCCCGCUUCCGAUUCCAAACCCUGGCCGCCCGAAGUCGAGUCCUUCCUCGACAAUUCAAUCCAAGAAAUGCCCAAAAUUGGAGGGGCUAAUAAAAUUGUGGAUUCCGAGGAGGCUUCUUGCGCAAUCUGCUGUUUGGUGAAGAACAGGGAAUUGAACCCGAUCGACAUUAUCCCCGGCGGGUCGAUGAAGAUUCUGAGGGAGACGCCGACGUCGGCGAUUGUUAGGUUUAAGGCCGGGAGCGUGGAGCCGGCGCACCACCACACGUUCGGGCACGAUCUGGUGGUGCUGUGGGGGAAAAAGAGCGUGUGGAAUUUGACUAAAGAGAAAAGGUUCGAUCUGACCGGCGGUGAUUACUUGUUUACUCCGGCGGGGGAUGUGCACAGAGUCAAGUACUAUGAAGAUACUGAGUUUUUGAUCACCUGGGAUGGCCAUUGGGACAUGUUUUUUGAUGAGGAUCUCGAGGCUGCUAAGAAGGCUGUUCAGCAGGAAUUGGAGAAGGGGUCCGAGUGAAAAUCGUCAAAGGCGGCAGCGGUGGCGUUGGCGGUGGAAAGUUCAGUGUUUGCUGGUUGUGUUCAAGUGUUGAAGAUGAUGAAUACGUGUUUAUGUAAAUGCAUGUUUUGGAGAUUAUGUACUUUAAAAUGUAGCAACUUUGUGUUUGAACAAUAAAGUUGUGUGCUUGGUGUGAUUA